AUGGGAUCCAUCGACAUCCCCAAAACCCAGACCGUGGCUUUAGUCCGCAAUCUCGGUGGCCCGGUCGAAUUCAAGGAAGACUACCCUGUCCCUACCCCAGGUAAAAACGAGGUUCUCGCAAAGGUCCUCUACACGGGUGUUUGUCAAAGUGAUCUCCACACCAGAGCCGGCACCGCAGCCGGUCCAGAUGGGAACCCAAUCACCGAAAUCAAAACGCCCCAUAUCGGUGGCCACGAGGGAAUUGGACGGAUUGUCUCGUUGGGCCCGGACAUCACGCACGAGACUGGGGUCAAAGUUGGCGCGCUAGUUGGAAUCAGAUUUUCUUCUCGAAUCUGCCGUCGUUGCGAGUUCUGUCUUGCUGGGACUGAGCAGUAUUGCGUGCAGAGUACAAAUCAUUUACAUCAUGAGGAUGGCAGUUUCUCAGAGUAUCUUGCGCUUGAUGCUGAUUACUUGACGAUCUUGCCCGACGAUUGUGAUCCGGUGGUCAUGGGACCUGUUUUGUGCGCUGGUUUGACAGCUUACAAGGCGGUUUUGAAUGCGAAUAUUCGGCCUGGGCAAUGGGUAGUUGUUGUCGGGGCUGGUGGAGGUCUGGGGCACUUGGCAGUACAAUAUGCCCGUGCUGCUGGUGCUUUGGUGAUCGGAGUCGAUGGACCUGGAAAGCGGGAUUUCGUUCUUGGCGUUGGAGCGCAAGAAUUCAUCGACUUUGCCAAAGAAGACCCGAUCGAGAGGGUGCAGGAGAUUACUGGUCUUGGAGCACAUGCUGCAGUCGUUACAGCUGGGUCUGCGAAGGCAUUUGCACACGCCUGCGAGAUGUUGCGAGUUGGCGGGAGUCUGAGCUGCGUCGGUAUUCCGCCAGGUCGACCGUGCCUUGAGACUCCGAUUUGUACGAUCGUGAUUAAGGGGUUGAGGAUCACCGGUAACUUGGUUGGGUCUUUGAAGGAGUGUAUGGAAGCAGUUGACCUUGUCCGACGGGGUGUGGUCAAGCCCGUCAUCAAAGUCAGGCAAUUCAAGGACUUGCCCCAGGUAUAUGAGGAGAUGGAGAGAGGAGAUAUUUCUGGGCGUGUGGUUCUUCAGAUUGCCCAGUGA